GGCAUCUGAACCAGUCCUAAAAUGUACUACUGCCAACCUAUUGUCACAGUUUGUUGUUUUCAUUGAGACUCAUUCAACGGAAUCAUAAAAGGAAAUAGAACAAGCUGACCCAGAUAAGGUAAAAUAACAAGCCACAUUGCUAUGCUGAUCACGACUCCCAGUGUUCAAUAUAAAGACACUCCUCAGCAGAUUAAAUACUUUUUUUUUUUUUUAUAAAUCCCAAUCAAUGUCAAUUCAGCUAGAACUUACUUAGUAGCUUUCAGGCUGUCAGUUUUCUGUUGCUGUCUGAGGCAUCAUGGGGAGAGCUCCCCUCAGUCCCUUCUCUAUGUUAUCUACAGACCAGAAUUAAGUGACUCCAUCCUACUGCUGUUAUGUGGCUUCCUCUGCUAGUGGUGUUGGGUCUGAUCUUCCUAUACAGGUGGCAUAGACAGAGUCAGAUACUGGAGGAUCUUUCAGAUAAAUAUGUCUUUAUUACUGGAUGUGACACCGGAUUUGGCAACCUGUUGGCAAAACAACUGGACAGUCAGGGAAUAAAUGUUCUGGCUGCUUGUUUGACAGAGAAGGGGACACAGAACCUAGAGAAAGAGGCCUCCAGUAGACUUCAAACAGUAAUACUGGAUGUCACUGACAGCGAAAGUGUCAAUUCUGCUGCCAAGUGGGCUUCCACUAUUAUUAAAGAAAAAGGUCUCUGGGGCCUGGUGAACAAUGCAGGCAUUGGUAUUCCUGCAGGCCCCAAUGAAUGGCUUUCCAAAGAUGAUUUCUUGAAGGUUAUAAAUGUAAAUCUACUGGGUGCCGUGGAUGUAACACUUCAUUUCUUGCCCUUGAUCCGAAAAGCAAGAGGGAGAAUUGUCAAUGUAAGCAGUGUGGCCGGUAGAAUCAGUAUCUGUGGUGGAGGAUACUGCAUAUCCAAAUAUGGAAUAGAAUGCUUUUCAGACAGUCUUCGGAAUGAAAUGCAUCCAUUUGGAGUGAAAGUGAGCAUAAUUGAACCUGGAUUUUUCAGUACACAAAUAACCAACACGGAUUUACAAAAAGAAAAUAUAAAAAUCUGUUGGGAGAAAGCCUCUGAAGAAGUCCGAGAAGCAUAUGGAGAAGAGUAUUUUAGAAAAGUUUGCCGCUCUGUUGAUAUGAUCGGACCACUCUGCACCAAAAAGCUUUCUCGGGUUACAAACUGCAUGAAGCACGCACUGACUGCAGUUCACCCAUGGACACGUUACUCUGCAGGCUGGGAUGCCAAAUUCAUACUAGUGCCUCUCUCUUACCUCCCCACAGCAGUUUUGGAUUUUCUGCAAAUGAUGGGACAGCCUAAACCAGCCCAGGGGAUCUGAUUUUACAUUUCCAGUGAGAUUAUGUAAAUAAUUUCAGCUAUCUAAAUCCAGUCUGAAUAAAAAAAGGAAGUGGAUAUCAGAAUUCUAAUUAAAGUGGAUGUAAACCCACUCUCAUCCUUUCUAAACUACUGCCAUAUA